AUGGUUGUUGUUAAAAAGCAUGCCUUUCAAUUUCCAUUCCCCUUCCCAGUUCGUCCCAUCGAUCCGUCAGAGAUACUGAACUUAACGGAUGUAUCGGAGCAAUGCUUAACGGACGUCAAUGUGUUCACAUCAAGUUUGAACACUUACGCGCAGACCUUCGUGGCAUGUCAGCGAACUGGAGGAUGUACCGAAGUCCAGCAGACGGCACUCGACGAGCACAUUUUUGCUGUAAAACAAAUUGAUGCUUUUGGCAAGAUUCCGGCAGGAAUAAUGGACUACACGAUAAUCAACACCGGAUCGUACUCGGAAUGCAUGGAUGUAGUGGCACCAUACAAGGUGCAGUACUGUUAUGUGGCUGCCAGUGUAGUAAUGGAAGGACCUCCAAUGGGGCAAAUUGGCCCAAAAAUUGCUGUAUGCAUGCCAAGAAGCUGCACUGAAACGGAUAUCACUAAGAUCUUGGAGCGCUAUGAUGUACAACAGUAUGUGCCAGUCAACUUUACUAUUAACACAAACUGUGUACCAUCAAAAAACACAUACUCCGCGAAUUUUUGGGUAUUCAUCUGCGUUAUAGCCUUUUUUGCGAUCUGGGCAGUCCUUGCUAGUGUUACCGACUAUAUUCUGGAUACCUACUACAAAGACAGGGUGCAUGGCACAGGCACUCGAGUGUUUCUUGCCUACUCAAUAUAUACUAAUGGGGCGGAGUUGAUGAACGUAAGCCCUUAUAAAAAGGGAACUAUAAAGUCGUUAGCCUCAAUCCGAUUUGUCUCAAUGACAUGGGUCGUGGCAGGACAUGUGCUCAUGGAUGUCAUGAUCAGCGAUACAUAUGGACCUGUACUGGAAGUAUUCAAUCCUUUUCUAUCAACUACAAUCGUAAAUGCGUUCUUUUCCGUAGACACGUUUUUUGUGCUCUCCGGCAUAUUGGUAUCCUACCUGUUUUUCAAAUCCAAGCCUACUGCUGCAUAUGUCAAAAAUCCUAUGGUGUGGAUUAUGUACUACGUACAUCGCUAUGUCAGAUUAACACCACCUAUAAUGAUGUUUAUAUGGCUUUUUGUAACUCUGAGCCCACUCAUCAACGGGCCUUGGGCUCAGUCAGCAGUGGGCAUGCAAACCUCAAUGUACCAACCAUGUGAAAAGUACUGGUGGCAUAAUCUCUUCUAUAUCAACAACUUUUUUGACAUGACUCAAAAUUGUUACGGCAUAACUUGGUAUCUGGCGGUUGACACCCAACUUUAUUUUGUUGGACCAAUCUUUCUCAUCAUAUUUUACUUCUCGUGGAUUGCAGCAUAUGUCUACUACCUCACUAUCCAUUAUGAUUUUCCUGCAAUUAUGAUGGGAGCUUUUGCAAUGAAUGAUAUGACCACUUUUGGUUUAAAGAUGAUGGACUUUUUUAAUCUAUACUAUCAAAAGCCUUGGAGUCGCUGUACGCCGUACCUAAUUGGAAUUGCAGUGGGAUACUUCCUCGCUUCGGGGAAGAAACCGAAACUAAACAAGAUACUGAUUGUGUCUCUCUGGGUAUUAGCUGCAGCAAUUGCAUUGGCAUCGCUGUACGGCCCACACCAAUAUAUAAAAGGAGCGGAUUAUUGGAGCAAUGCAGUAAGUGGAACUUAUAACAAUUUUUCGAGAUUCGGUUGGUCAUUAGCAGUAGCUUGGGUCGUUAUCGCAAAUCAUCUGGGAUGGGGAGGAAUUAUUGCCGACUUCAUGGAUCAUCCGUUGUGGCAACCAUUGGGCAGGCUCUCUUACUGCGGUUAUAUUGCACACUUUUUCUUAAUCUCGUAUAUCUUCAACUUAGAUAAUCGACCAUCACAUUUUGUUUCAAUAUGGCGCACGUAUGUGCAUUGGGGUAUACCAACAGUUGUUGUAUCAUAUGUGUUCGCUUUCUUUUGGAGCUGCCUCUUCGAAGUACCUAUCAUAAAAUUAGAAAAGAUGCUGACGGCAAAUCUGAUGCCGAAAAAACCCAAGCAGGCUGUGGAACAAAGCACAAAGGAAGACGUAAGCGGAACCAGGAAGAACAUUAACUGAAAACAGUCUGACGAAUCUGAAUAAAACAUAUAAAAGAACAUUCCGAAGUUU